GUCACUCGUUUAACCAUUGCCACUCGCUUGCUUCAGAAACCAACUGAGUCUCUUCCGGACGACCUCGACACGACAGAAACAUAACACGAAAGAAAAAAAAAGAACAUACCUCAGUCGCCACAGCCACGUCGACAAUGCACUCCUUCAGUCUGCUCAUCACAGCCUCGACGGCCUUUGCUGUAGCGAUUCCACUACCAGGCUCAACGUACCCUUCACCACCUUGCCCGUCCACCACCGUCACAGAAAACCUUUCUUCCGCAUUCGGUUGGCAACUUGCCGGGACCGUCUCCAGCGCUUCCAGCCUAAGCCAAACUUGCACCGACUUGCAAGACAAGCAACUCCUAAAAUGGCUUAAUAUCGGCCUUGAUCUCACCCAGGUUGAGAAAUCCGCUUGCGGUACUAGGAUGACUUCCGCUUCAGACGUUCUCCCGAAAGUCGUCGUCGCCAAUACCGAAACGACCGCAGCCACCCUCACCCGCGCCUUCGCCGCAGACGACUACGACACCUUCGGCUACCUGUGCGACAACCUCUCCUACAAGCGCGUCGCCGGCUUCCUCCUCGACGAAAACACCAUCAUCAACGCCACCUGCCAACUCGCCGCACCCGGCGGCAGAAUCCCCAACCCUGCCGCCUUCAGCGUGCCCGAAUCCGAACAGAAAAACUCCUCUGCCAUCGCCGCCUACGCCGACGCUCAAAGCCAGCUCUACGCAUACCUGUACGCCGCCCAAGCCAGUUCGACUUCCGAUCUCGACACCCUCUGCCAGAGCGCGAGUGGCGAGAAGGAAGUUGCCAGUUAUGACGCGCUGCAGAUGAAUGCGGAGCGGGUCCGAGAGACGAUUUGUGCCCUGCAAGAGCCGAUUUCCGUCGAGCAGGGGAAAGAUCAGAUGAAGCAGUGGGUUAGUGCAAGCUUCGCGACGGUCUUGGUGAAUGCGAGUGGAGUCGAGGGCUUUGCGAGCAUGUUGUGUGAGAAGUUGAGUGUCGAAGGGUUGGAGAGUGUCGGGUUGGAUGGGGAGUUGGUGAAGAGCUUUGCUUGUAACGCCUGAGGAUUUCUUUUUCUUGUUUGAUGUUUUUGACUCCGCUCUGCUCUCCCUCCUGCCUUUCUUUCUUUUUGUGUUGGCGAGAGAAAAACUAACCCAUGUGGAGGAGAUGGAUGGAAUGGAUGCCGAUGCAUGGAUUGAUUCAUGAUGAUGGAUGGUUUUGUUUUUCUGUUUUCGCAUUAUUACCUACCUUACUAUUCCGCUUCUCUUCUCUCUUUUUUUCGGCAAAAACCCUCGCUUACCUUAUGCAUACAUACCAUACCUUAUGUAUAUUUUCGAAACCACCUACAUACAACAAGAACAAGAACAAGAACAACAACGCAGAGGAGAAAGGUUCAAAAAAACAAUCGACAACAGAGCAAAUUUUUGCACAGG